AUGACUCAGUGGAUUAUCUUUGAUGGGUUAGGUCAGUUGACAUGCAAGCUGAGCUUAACCUCUUCUUCUCUCCAGGAUGUUUUAGAAGAAUGUGUGUCUACUCCCAAGCUGUCUUCUUACGCUGGAUGGGUGGUAGAUCAUGUCCUACCCCACACACAAGAGAAGCUAUCUCCCUCGGAGACUUCAGCAUCCUCGGCAUCCACUUCAGGCCGAGACCAACCUUCAUUUGUUCCCACAUCUCCCGUCAGAAGCGUUGCCUUCUCACCAGCAUCCCCAGGAACAUCAGCAAUGCCAGAUGGGACCAAGGGCAAACCUGAGUCCCAGCACACAGAGCCGAUGGUACUUCAGUCCUCCCGGGGCACCAAGGUGGAGGGCUGCAUCCGAAUGUACGAGCUGGUGCACAAGAUGAAGGGGACAGAGGGCCUGCGGCAAUGGCAGGAGGAGCAGGAGCGGAAGGUGCGAGCCCUCUCCGAGACGGCAUCUGAGCAGCUGAAGCGGUUUGACGAGCGGAAGGAGCUGAAGCAUCAUAAGGAAUUCCAGGACCUGCGGGCAAUGAUGGAGAAGAGCUCCAGAGAAGCCCUGGGGCAGCAAGAGAAGCUAAAAGCUGAGCAUCGUCACAGAGCAAAGAUUCUCAACCUGAAGCUGCGGGAGGCAGAGCAGCAGCGCCUGAAGCAGGUGGAGCAGGAGCGGCUCUGGAGGGAGGAGGGCCAGGUCCGCCUGCGGAGCCUCUAUGCCCUGCAGGAGGAGCUGCUGCACCUCAGCCAGCAGCUGGACUCGGCGGGCCAGCAGCCGGACUCAGCAGGCCAGCCCAGGGACCUGCCCAAGGUGGACCUGUCAGCCUUCCGGACCCGUGGCAACCAACUGUGCGGCCUCAUCUCGGGCAUCAUUCGGGCCACUUCAGAGAAUGGUUUUCCCACGGCAGAGGACCAGGCUGUAGCCGAGCGAGCGCUGCAGGAAAUGCGGGGUCUCAUGGCGAAUGCCAGGGCCCUGCAGGACAAGAGGAGGCAGGAGGAAGAGGCGGCCCAGGUGAAGCGGCAGGAGUCACAGGUGCAGCAGGGGCCAGAGGCCCGUAAAGAGAGCCCAGCUCCCAGCCAGGGCCCUGGAGGGAAGCAGAAGGAAGGCCUCCAGGUGAAGGUAGAAGACAGGACGAUGCAGUGGUACCAGCAGCUGCAGGACGCCUCCAGCCAGUGUGUGCUGGCCUUUGAGGGACUGACCAGCAGCAAAGACAGUCAGGUCAAAAAGAUAAAGAUGGACCUGCAGAAGGCAGCCACUAUCCCAGUGAGCCAGAUCUCCACCAUUGCAGGCUCCAAGCUGAAGGAGAUCUUUGACAAGAUCCACAGCCUGCUCUCUGGAAAAGCUGUUCAGUCUGGUGGGCGCUCGGUGUCCAUCACCCUGAACCCUCAGGGCCUGGACUUUGUCCAGUACAAGCUGGCAGAGAAGUUUGUGAAACAAGGCGAGGAGGAAGUGGCCUCUCAUCAUGAAGCUGCGUUCCCCAUAGCGGUUGUGGCGUCCGGGAUUUGGGAGCUCCACCCGAGAGUGGGGGACCUCAUUCUGGCUCAUCUUCACAAGAACUGUCCUUACUCCGUUCCUUUCUACCCGGCCUUCAGGGAGGGAAUGGCUCUGGAAGACUAUCAGAGGCUGCUCGGCUACCAAGUGAAGGAUUCCAAGGUGGAGCAGCAGGACAACUUUCUGAAGCGCAUGUCUGGGAUGAUCCGUCUCUAUGCUGCCAUCAUCCAGCUCCGGUGGCCCUAUGGACCCCGGCAGCAGGUUCACCCUCAUGGCCUGAACCAUGGCUGGCGCUGGCUGGCACAGAUCCUGAACAUGGAACCCCUGUCCGACGUGACAGCCACCGUGCUCUUUGACUUCCUGGAGGUGUGUGGCCACGCCCUCAUGAAGCAGUACCAGGCCCAGUUUUGGAAGAUGAUGCUCCUCAUCCAGGAGGACUACUUCCCUAGGAUUGAAGCCAUUACAAGCUCGGGGCAGAUGGGUUCCUUCAUACGCCUGAAGCAGUUUUUAGAGAAAUGUUUGCAGCGCAAGGAGAUUCCUGUCCCCAAGGGCUUCCUGACUUCCUCCUUCUGGCGUUCCUGAUGGCACAGCGUCAUCCACCGUCACCACUUUGUGGCAGAGGAGCACUAAUAAAGCAGCGCAGCACAGCCGCGUUUGGGAGAGCACUGUCGGGUUUAGACAUCUACCAAUAUGUAUUCUUAUUUAUUUAUACCUUGUGACCAGGGAAGGUUUUCAUGGGUCACAAGAUCUAGGUGGUCUGAUGCCUCCUUAAAGGAUCCGUAUGACACAAUACAUGGAUUUGGCCUUCUCACGUUUACAAAAAUUUUGAGAGGUGUUUCGCACUUGACUUAGUAUCUUUUGCAAUGUAGGUGACACCUAAGCAUUUCGCUCUGAGCUGGAGGGAGCCCACCACUUCCAGGUGUCAUUCAGUAGUUGAGGCCCGAGCCCCGACAUGCGAGCCUGAGAGUGGUUGCUCCGCCUUUCCCAGCUGGCGAAGUGAUUGGAAAUGCGGAGGACGUGCUGGAGGCAGACCUGGACUUAGUCGCGGGUGGUGCCCGGCGGCUCAGUGCCUGGGGCGAGGACGAGCCACGUGGUAUAAACCGAGAGGCGCUAUUCGCCGUUCGCCCUCUUCGUUCCAACUCGGUGCCUGGGUGACAAGUGACGCGUGACCAGGGCAGGUGCCUUGGUUUUUGGUUUUUCAGUUUGAAUUAAGAUGGGCUGAGACGGGCCGCCGCGUCGUACACAAGCUGAGCAUCCAUAAGCAACGCAUUAGGGUUGAAUGAAGAUGUUAGGAACUGAGAACUGCUUCAUGUGUGUUUUUUACUUGCUCUAACAAGUGACAAUGGACUUGUCUGACUACACCCACUGCAGAGAUCCUAGGCAUUUCAGAGGAGCCGAGAUUUCUGUGUGGAGACGCCCACCAUCUUUAUAUUGCAGAGGCUGUGGCCACAGUCUCUGCCUCCUCAGACGUCGUGCGUGGGGACGGAAUGUUUUGAGGGAGAGCGGGUUUCCCUGGUACUGUUGGAGCGACCGUUCUAUGAAUUAUUUACUAUGGUGCCAAAAAAUAAGUAAUAAAGCUUGAACUUUAAAAAGUCA